AUGUCCACCAAGCCUCUCGUCCUGCUCACGGGCCCGAAUGGCUAUGUUGGCGCCCACGUCCUCCGCACGCUCCUUUCGCACAACUACCGCGUGCGAGGCACACUGCGCUCCCUCGCCAAGGCCACCUACCUGACGAAGCAGUACCCCGAGGCCAGUGCCUCGGGGAACCUGACAUUUGUGGAAGUCCCCGACAUUCAAGCCGCAGGGGCGCUUGACAAGGCCGCCGAAGGCGUCGAUUUCAUCUGCCACGUCGCGAGCCCAUACUUUACCGUCUCGGCGGACCCGAUCAAGGAACUUGUGAACCCGGCCGUGAACGGCACACGCAACGUCGUGUCUUCGGCAUUGAAGAGUAAAUCAUUGAAGAGAAUGACCAUCUUGUCCUCCUUCGCUAGCGUGGUUGAUCUCUCCAAGAAUCUUCGGCCGGGGUAUACUUACACGUCUGAGGACUGGGACCCCCUGACGCUCGACGAGGCCAAGCAGGACGGAUACAAGGGCUACCACGCGUCCAAGACGUUCGCGGAGCGCGCGGCGUGGGAGAUGUGGCGGGACGCAAAGUCCAAGGGCGACAUCUCAUGGGACUUGAUCACGUUCUGUCCGCCCAUGAUCUACGGGCCGCCGAUCCAGGAACUGGACGUGUCCAAGGGCGUGGAUGGGCUGAACACCAGUAUCAAAAGGCUCGUGGUGUCCGUGCAGGGCAAGGAUCCGAACUUCGCCCCCAAGGUCGCUACGCCGGGGUUGCCUGCUUGGGUGGACGUGCGGGAUGUCGCUGAGGCUCAUCUGAAGGCGCUGUCGUUGGACCAGGGGAUCAAUGAACGGUUUUUGCUCUGUGGUGGGGUCGACUAUUUCGAGGAUGGCCUCGCUGGUCUGAGGGCAAGGGGCGAGGAAGGCUUGGGAGAGGAGGGCGCAAAGGUGGACAGGACUAAGCACUUCAGUCUGGAUAGGAGUAAGGCGGAGCAGGUGUUGGGGCUGCAAUUCACCGAGUUUCACAAGACGGUGGAGGAUACGUGGGAGCAGUUGAAGAAGCUGGGUUAUUUCUGA